AUUCUAGUGAUCUCCGCUACAAUUUCAAAACCCUCAUUUAUAAAUCCAAAACCACCACCACCGAAUGCAUGCUUGUUUCCAACUCCCCUCAGUUUCUCAGACGUUUUUCUAGUUUCAAUCUUCUCUCAACAACAAUGGCUUCUUCUUCUUCAUCAUCUCUACUGCUCCCAUCAGUCUCACUCAACCAUCAUCAGCUCAAGACCUCAUCUUCCGUUUGUUUCGGAACUCUUAAACAUGGAUUCCGACGUAUUAAUCUGGACAAAUCUAGGGUUUCUAUGAGCCUAUCAGCUGGAUCCACCACUGCAAUUGAUGACGCAUUGUUCACCGAUUAUAAACCCACCACUGCUUUCCUCUUCCCCGGUCAGGGUGCACAAGCGGUUGGAAUGGGACAGGAAGCUCUUAAGGUGCCAGCUGCUGCAGAGUUGUAUAACAAGGCUAAUGAGAUUUUAGGGUUUGAUAUAGUGGACGUUUGCAUUAACGGGCCGAAAGAAAAGCUGGAUUCCACUGUUUUAAGUCAGCCAGCUAUAUAUGUUACUAGUCUAGCUGCAGUGGAGAUACUACGUGCUCGCGACGGUGGUCAGCAGAUAAUCGAUUCUGUUGAUGUUACAUGCGGAUUAAGUUUAGGAGAAUACACAGCUCUUGCAUUUGCUGGAGCCUUUAGUUUCGAGGACGGUCUCAAGCUGGUCAAACUAAGAGGUCAAGCAAUGCAAGAAGCCGCAGAUGCUGCUAAAGGUGCGAUGGUCAGUAUUAUUGGACUAGAUUCCGAUAAGGUGCAGCAACUCUGCGAUGCAGCCAAUGAAGAAGUCGAGGAAGCCGAAAAAGUUCAAAUUGCGAAUUUCUUAUGCACUGGAAACUAUGCGGUAUCUGGAGGGGUAAAGGGGAUCGAAGCUGUGGAAGCAAAAGCAAAAUCAUUCAAGGCUCGAAUGACGGUGCGUCUUGCUGUCGCUGGGGCCUUCCACACCAGAUUCAUGAAUCCAGCUUUAUCCCAACUGGAGUCCGCUUUGUCAGCAACCGAAAUCAAAACUCCGAGAAUACCCGUUAUAUCUAAUGUUGAUGCACAACCGCAUGCUGACCCUGAGACAAUCAAGAAAAUAUUGGCUCGCCAGGUUACAUCACCGGUUCAAUGGGAAACAACGGUAAAGACACUUUUGUCGAGGGGACUAGUAAAGAGUUAUGAACUCGGGCCUGGAAAGGUUAUUGCUGGGAUUGUGAAGAGAAUGGACAAAACAUCGCCGAUUGAGAACAUUAGCGCUUGAUUUGUCGCCAUUUACAAUAAUCGAUGAGUUAAAGUUUUCCUUGUGGUAAAAUUAUGAAAGGAGGUUAUGGAGCUUAUACAGAGCAAUUUAAUGUAGCUUGAGUUUUCGUGUAUGAUCGUAUGCUUUGUUAGUAAUUGUAUUCGGAUCGUUAUAUUCUGUUUUGGGUAUGAUUAUUAUUAUUAUUAUUAUGAGUUAUUUUCUAA